AUGUCCGAAACCUGCAUUGUCUGUUUAGGCGACCUUGGCGAAAGCGCCAGUGAUCCCCUCGAGCCCGUGCCAAGCUCCGAUCAGCCUUCCAAGCAUACCGGUACGAAGGACAAACGCGGGCUCGUGGAGGACCACUCAACUGAGAUCGCCCAGCUAUUACCUUGUGAACAUGUCUUACACCAUAACUGUUUGAAGCCAUGGAUCGAGCGUGCCAACAGUUGUCCGAUAUGUCGUCGCUCCUUUCACCAGAUUAACCUAAGCGACCGACUUGGAGACCCUGUCUCUUCAUCAUAUGCCGUCGAAGACCGUGUGCAACAGGCCGAUGUCGACCCAUCGAUGAUCACCGAAGACAUCGAAGAUGACUUGAACGCCGAGUCUCAACCCUGCCUAGUCUGCGGGGAGGCGGACCAUGAAGAUGUUCUUCUGCUCUGCCAUGAGUGCGAUGUCCCUACACAUACAUAUUGUAUCGGUUUAGACGAGGUCCCAUCGGAUGAUUGGUACUGCGCCCAGUGUGAGCCACAACGCGCACUUGCUGGGACUUUUGAGGAGCUUACUUCACCUCGUUCGCUUUGGCCUGGUCGCCGCCGCACUCGUACAGAACAGCGCCGUCUACAAGAUCGGAGCCAAGUGCACGACCGUGAAUGGGCUCGCGUCUGGCAGUCAAUCCGGAACAGGUUGCAACUCGACCUGGAUUUCCCGUUCGACGAUGAGCAAAACUCCCCCCGUGCUCGACAGGAACGCCGUCGUGCAGAAGCCAAUCGACGAGAGUUCCGCCAGUGGCAACGUCGAUUUGAGAUCGCCGACCGGCAGGGUGGGGGCAGACAACUUCAGGAUGCAGCCACUCUGCUCAGCCUUGAGCCUCGGCCAUCGCGGCCUCGCGUUCCUAGAGAGCCGACGCCCGAUCCCGAAUCAUUGGAGGAAAUGAGAGCGUGGAAUGCCUUUGAGCGUGCCCGGGAAAUCGAAGACAAUCCUAACGCUGCCCGGAAGCGAAAGGAACCGACUCUGUCUCCAUCCCCGGAGCCGACUGAACCACAGCGUCAGCGGAAGCGGCCUCGCACUCGACGACCUGAAGAACUCGCUGCUAUGGCGCAACGAAAUGGAGAAUCUUCCUCACGGGCCGCUACUUCGAGACCUCGUCUCAAUGGUGAUGGCUCGGGGGAAGUAAGCUUCCUGUCUACACUCUUGAAAGAGGUCGAAGAUUCUUCGACUGCUGAUCACAAUACUCGUCAUGUACCACCAGCCGCUGCUCCAGUUGUAGCUGAUCUUGGAUUACCUGCCAGUGGGCCAUCCUCACCAUCCAUCUCGCCCGCCUCUUCAACGUAUUCUUCGCCUCGCCUUGCGACUACACCACCUCCAGUACUUCGAAGUCGCCCUAUAUCACCUCUUCAGCUUUCCUCUCCUUCUGAAUGUUCUUCACCCCCUUACUCUCCUGAGGUUUCUUAUUCGGACAGUCCAAACUCCCCAACUAUGAAGAACGGCAGCCCACGCUCCCGUAUUCCUCAGGCGGCCCGCUCUUCCUCACGCAAUAAUUCGCGCCCUCGUCCUUCGUUCGUCGCCGCCAAGUCCGAAAAUCAAUCUCGUUCACGUGAUACGCCACGUCCUAAUCCAAACCCUUCGCCAGCCGUCAAGACCGACAUCAAAAAAAUGGUCCGCACCUCGCUCGACCCGUAUUACGCAGCAAAAACCAUCUCGAAGGACCAGUACAAAGAAAUCAACUGGAAGGUUUCCUUCAAGCUGUACGAGCGCGCCGGAGCCACAAUAUCCUUUGAUGAUGAAUCGCGGGCCGACUUUGUAGCAACUGCCAAAGCCGAAGUGCAAAAGGCGAUUCGUUUGCUUCGCACCCAGAAGAAGGACAAACAACCUAUGACACAUGCCAGCUCUGAUUCAGAUGGCAGUGUAAUGUGA